GAAUUCCAUUUCUCUCCCUUGAUCCCUGGCAGCGUCGGGAUGGCUGGUGAGCGCGUGACCAUCACUGAUGCCCUCAGCAAUGUUGACGUCCUUGAUGACCUGCCGCUGCCUGACCAGCAGCCGGUCAUUGAGGCUCAGGCAUGUUCGGUUGUCUAUACGGCCAACUUCGACACCAACUUUGAGGACCGUAUGGCCUACGUGACGGGGGUGGCCAAGUACAUGGAGGAAGCAGCUACCCAUGCAGAAUUGAAUAAAUUACUAGAAGAGGGUGAAAAUCAUGCAGUUAUGCUGUAUACUUGGCGGUGCUGUUCUCGUGCCAUCCCCCAACCAAAGUCAAACGAGCAGCCGAAUCGCGUGGAAAUUUAUGAGAAAACGGUGAAAGUCCUGUCGGAUGAAGUAAAGAAGUUGACAAAGUUCAUGAAUUUCCAGAGGAAAGCCAUUGAUGUAUUCUGCAACCAAAUCAAGCGACUCUGUCACCAAGAGAAGCGAAAGGACUUUGUGUCUGAAGCCUAUCUUCUCACUCUUGGCAAAUUCAUAAACAUGUUUGCUGUCCUUGACGAAUUGAAGAACAUGAAGUCGAGUGUGAAGAAUGACUAUUCAACUUACAGAAGAGCCGCGCAGUUUCUCAAGGUGAUGAGCGAUACCCAGUCUCUGCAGGAGUCACAGAAUCUGUCAAUGUUCCUGGCCACUCAGAACAAGAUCAGGGACACUCUCAAGGAGAAGCUAACAGCAAUUCCUUCAUAUGAGGAUCUUCUUUGUGAUGUUGUCAACAUCUCGGUGCACAUGUUUGAGAACCGCAUGUACUUGACGCCCAAAGAAAAGCAGAUGCUGGUCAAGGUGAUGGGCUUCGGUCUCUUCCUCAUUGACUCAGACAUUUGUAACAUCAAUAAACUUGACCAGAAGAAGAAGAUUAAGUUGGAUAAGAUUGAUAAAAUCUUUAAGAACCUAGAGGUUGUUCCACUGUUUGGCGACAUGCAGAUUGCACCUUUCAACUACAUCAAGAGGAGCAAGAACUUUGAUGCCAAAAUGUGGCCUCUAUGCAGUGCAUCAACCACAAGCCCACAGGCAGACCUGAUGUGUCAUUUACCACGCAUUAGGGAUGAACAUAUCAAGUAUAUCUCAGAGUUAGCAAGAUACAGCAAUGAGGUCAUCACAACAUAUAAGGAAACGGCACGUACGGAUGCAGAGAAUAAAGACAUCGCAGACCUUGCCCUCCGUGGCCUCCAGCUCCUCAGUGAAUGGACAAGUGUUGUCACAGAGCUUUAUUCGUGGAAGCUGCUGCACCCCACUGACCACCACUCCAAUAACCAGUGCCCAGCCGACGCAGAAGAAUACGAAAGGGCUACACGAUACAAUUACACUGAUGAAGAAAAGUUUGCCCUUAUCGAAGUCAUUGCAAUGAUUAAAGGCCUGCAAGUCUUAAUGGCUCGCAUGGAGACUGUAUUCCUCGACUCAAUAAGACGCAACAUCUACCAGGAGAUGCAAGAUUUCGUGCAGCUCACCCUAAGGGACCCCUUGCGUAAGGCCAUCAAGAACAAGAAGGAACUCUUGAGGACGAUCUUGGUGUCGGUACGUGAGACAAGUGCUGACUGGGUGAAGGGCAUGGAACCCCCCGAUGACCCAGCACUCAAGGGCAAGAAGGAUCCAGACAAUGGGUUUGAGAUCAAGGUGCUAAGAAGGAAUGUUGGCCCUUCCUCAACACAGUUAUACAUGGUACGCACAAUGCUAGAGUCUCUGAUUUCGGACAAGUCAGGAGGCAAGAAAACCCUGCGGAAGGAACUGGAUGGCCAGCACCUCUGCCAGAUCGAUGAAUUCCACAAGACCUCCUUUUUCUGGACUUACUUGUUGAACUUUAGUGAAACACUCCAGUUUUGCUGUGACCUUUCCCAGCUGUGGUACAGGGAGUUCUACUUGGAAAUGACAAUGGGUCGCAGGAUACAGAAGUGCACUGUGGAGCACCAUCACAAUGAGGAAUGCAAAGAUCUGGUGGUGAUGGACAAGCGCAUUCAGGUAUCGCCCUCUCUCACGUCUGUCUUGUUCCCUGGUUGUUGUGCCUGUGUUUUUUUGUGCCUGUUGUGCUUGCCUUUGUAACUGCAUUGGAAAUUUGUGAUUUAUUUAUUCUGUCAUUUGUUUAUUAUUGUUUAUGUAAUAUUUUUUAGUAUAUAUUUAGUUUCUUUAGUCACUACACAGUGUGCAGUAAAAGAGGUUAUAGCAAAAUACCAAAUUGAAAUCAGGUUGGGGUGCUGCAGAUGAGUUUGACUC